UUUGUCAGAGGCGUCCAUUCACGUUACACCCAUGCAAGAACGCGCAGACUCAAUCUCAGCUUGAAGCGCGACACUUAUAGUGAGGUUGGCUAUAUAAGUCCACUCAGCAUCUACUCUUUAAGUAACUAUAUACUUGUUUCUUCAAAGGAGUGAAGGAGGGCGGCAUCUCGCCAACUACCUGGCAACCUACACGUCUGUACUGGACCUCCUCUAAAGACUGAAGAUUCCUGCUGAUAUCCUGACAUGAAGCUCAAUUUACUUGGAACCACCGUGAUUCUGCUAGUUGCCUUCUUACCCCGCUACGAAUGUCGGGCUAUUGAGAGCCCUGGCGGUGCCCUGCGCGUCCCAGCUCCCCAAACCCAAAACUCCCAGCAGCAACAGCAGUCUGGUCCCAUCCUGGAGCGGCUUGGAGAGGAGUAUUUCAUCCGACUGGGCAACGGGGACUCUAACUCUUUCCCAUCAUCGUCCAUGUAUCCCGGCGGAUCACCUGCUAUUUACAACAGAGCAUUGCAACUCCAGCUGACGCGGCGUCUUUUACAAGGGAAAGUUGGGAACAUCAGGGCGCUCAUAAGCGGCUUCGGAGACCGCGAGGAUGAGUCGAUGGAGAGGGGAAGGAGGUCCGAGGACCCGCCGAUAUCCCUUGAUCUGACCUUCCACCUGCUCCGGGAGAUGAUGGAGAUGUCCAGGGCGGAACAGCUGGCCCAGCAAGCGCAAAAUAACAGAAGAAUGAUGGAGCUCUUCGGGAAAUGAAGACCUCUUUCCAGUCCGCCAAAGAUCUCCCUUCCUUUUCUUUUAUUUCUUUUUUCUUUUUUGCAUUUUUACCAUCAGCACAAAACAUGCUCUGUACAAUAUAGUGCUGCUUUAUCAC